AAGUCUGUUUCCUUUCUCACGAAGAUGAUUGGAGGAGCAAAACUGAAAUACGGCGGGGACGAUGAGGAAACAUUGGAGGACAUAACUCGGCGAGAAGGUCUUGAUGCGGAUUUGUUCUCUCAGCCCCUCGGUCAUGUACCACGACGACCGGCGUUGCCAAAGUACAUCCGCGUUCGCUCGUCAGGCAAAUCGGAGAGGGAGUUCAACCGUGUCUUCCUGGCACAGGAGUUGCAACCUCCAGUAUACGAUGAGACGAAAUCAAACGACAAACGUCGUAGCUCGGCAACAGCGGAGCAGAUUAACAAGCGCGGUGGAAGCAUUCCAGGAGAUGCAGGAAAGACCAACGGCACCGGAUUGCCUGAGCAUAAGACUGGUGCAAUCUGGGCGAUGAAGUUCAGCAAGGACGGCAAGUAUAUGGCCACCGGAGGACAAGACAUGGUUGUUCGAGUGUGGGCCGUGAUAUCAUCACCAGAGGAGCGUGCGAAACACGAAAAGCUGGAAGAGAGAAACACAGAGGGACAGAAUGCUGGUUACAAGCUCAACGCACCAGUGUUCUCAUCUGAGCCACUGCACGAGUUCCGAGGGCAUACUGCGGAUGUCUUGGAUUUGAGCUGGAGUCGCAACAACUUCUUGUUGUCGUCAAGUAUGGACAAGACGGUUCGCUUGUGGCACGUUACUCAAAAGGUGUGUCUGGCUUGCUUUGAACACAGCGAUUUUGUCACCGCUAUUGCAUUUCAUCCGAAGGAUGACCGGUUUUUCCUCAGUGGUGCGUUGGACUGCAAGCUUCGUCUGUGGAGUAUUCCGGACAAGGAGGUCGCUUACUGGAACGAACUACCGGAACUUAUCACGGCUGUAGCAUUUACCCCAGAUGGUAACGUUGCGAUAGCAGGAUCCUUCACCGGUCUUUGUCUGUUCUACGAAACGGAAGGUCUGCGGUAUCACACGCAGGUUCACGUGCGAAGUAGUCGAGGAAGGAACUCUCGAGGUAGCAAGAUUACUGGUAUCGAGACAGUAUCAAUGCCUCCUGACAAUCCUCACGGAGACUGUAAGCUUCUGAUUACCAGCAAUGAUUCCCGUAUCCGAAUGUACGAUAUGCGAGACAAGUCUCUGGAAACAAAAUUCAAGGGCAACGAAAACACAUGUUCGCAGAUUCGCGCUACCUUCUCGGACGAUGGUCGUUAUGUGAUCUGUGGUUCAGAAGACCGGCAAGUAUACAUCUGGGACGUCAACCCUGGUCCGCAUGACAAGAAGGAUCGUCGUGGGUACGAACAUUUCGAAGCGCAUUCGGCUAUUGUGACUGUUGCGGCCUUCGCCCCGAUCAAGAGUAAGCAACUGCUGACCAUGAGUGGAGAUCCGACCUACCGGGAUUGCACAGAUAUUGCGAACGGGCGUGCACGAAGCUCAUCAUUGGCAAGUUCUUAUUACUCCCCGGCUCGCUGUGGUCACAGGAAGACGACUACGUAUUCGUCUGCCACUUCGAAGGCUGACCACCCAACGCAUCCGGACGGAAACAUCAUCGUCUGUGCGGAUUACACCGGUAGAAUCAAGGUCUUCCGACAGGACUGUGCCUACCACUCCUUCAGUGACAACAUCAGCGAGACAUCCUCCCGUCGAACUAUU